AUGGACGGCCUCUUUUCAUCGUCGGCUAGCGAAGCGAUAGGUUUCACGCCGGCGUCGGGCCUCGCGACGUGCGCGGGAUCCGUGCAAAACCUCCCAUAUACGCAACGCAAGCCCCGCGACGCACACCGCGAGCACGGCGAUCCCGCGUCGCACGAGACCUUGAUACGAGCGCACGCAUCGCAAGCCCGCACCUUUCUCCCGCGCUUCGCGUCAGGCACGGGGCGGUCGCCUCGGGCGGCACAGGUUUUGGCGUGCCGCUUGGCGCCGUCGACGCGGCGAAACUCUUUCCCGCAAAAGGGGCACCCGUUCGGGCGGGAUGGCGCUGGAGCCAAUGAGCCCGUAAACAGUCGACAAAAGUGCACCCUGCAGCUCCAUCAGCGAGUCGGCAGCUUUCGAGAGAAAGCAGACCUACCAACCUUGUUGAGCAUGUCUGGUACUACUUCCACAUCCAUCCUCCGAAUAACGAGCCUUCGACUGAUACUUUUGGCGUUAAAUCAUAGGACCGGCAUCGAUAACCUCGUCAGCUGGGCGCGAAAUGGGUCCAUGUGGCCCCUCACCUUUGGCCUCGCCUGCUGCGGCAUCGAAAUGAUGCACGCCUCCAUGCCCCGCUACGACCAAGAUCGCCUCGGCAUCAUCUUUCGAGCCUCCUCGCCAGGCGGACGUGAUGAUUGUUGCCGGUACGGUAACGAAUAA